ACAUCAUUACUUCACUGUGGUUGAAGCGGUUGAAGCGGUGUAGAAGUUGCAACACGCAAUGAGGAUGAGGGGAUAAACUGGUGUCCUCCUCACUUCUGUCAUGAUUUUAUUCGGAUAAGAAGAAGUUUGUGUGUCUGGACAAGUACUGAGAAGACCUGCGACUGAGUUUUGAACCCCUCCUGUCUCCUAUAAUGUGAUGCUGCAAUAUGGACAAACUGCCCUGGAACAGAUAACAAGUGAAGGAUAGAGGGAAGCAAGAGAAGACUGAGGCAAUCGAACAGAGAGAGUACUUAUCACCGACAUACACGAGACAUCAUGUCCACCUCGAUAAAGCAGGAGCGAACCAUUUGUGUUCUCCUCCCCAACAAAGACCAGCUGGACGUCACUGUCGGGCCAAAGUCCACAGGGCAGGAUGUUUUUAACCGAGUGGCGGAGCUUCUUGGAAUCAAAGAGCUGCACUUCUUUAGUCUCACAGUGGUGAGAGACAAUGAGUACAUAUUUUUAGACAUGGAGGAGAAACUGACGAAGUACUUUCCUAAGGACUGGAGGCAAGAUUCAGUAAAGGGAUUACAGAAGAGACCUUUGCCUCUAGUGCUCUUCCUCAAAGUGCAGUACUACAUAGAAAACGGUAGACUCAUUUGUGAACGCAAGGCACGGCAUCUAUACUACUCUGACUUGCGGGAGCGGGUGCUUCGCUCUGAAUGCCGUCAGCAGGAGGAGGUGUACUUCCAGCUGGCAGGUUACGCCUUGCAGGCUGACCUCGGUGACCACCCGCUGCCCAGGGAGGAUAUGGAGGUCACUCCUUACUUUGAACCCAAGGAGUACUUUCCCCCUUGGAUUGUAGCUAAGCGUGGAGUAAACUAUCUCCUCUGCCAUGGGCCCAAGGUGCAUCAGGAGCUGUGGGGCAUGUCUACUCGUGAUGCCAUGCUGCUCUUCAUCAGGGAGUCAUGUCGACUUGAGGAUGUACCUGUCACGUUUUACAGACUGCAAAAGGACAAAAAGGAAGAGAGAGGAACGGCGUUGCUCGGUCUGACCCUGCGAGGAAUGCAGGUUUAUCAGGAGGUGGACAACAUGCGACAGUUGCUGUACGACUUCCCCUGGUCAAAUGUGGGACGUCUCACCUUCCUGGGUAAGAAAUUCGAGAUCCAGCCAGAUGGCUUGCCAUCAGCAAGGAAGCUGGUUUACUACACCGGGUCAUCGUUCCGCUCUCGCCACCUCCUCCUGCACCUGAGCAGCAGCCAUCGCCUCUACCUCAGCCUCCAGCCUGCCCUCAGACACCUACGCCAGCUGGAGGAGAGCGAAGAUAAAAAGCGUUACAGAGAGUCAUACAUCAGUGAUGACCUGGACUUGGACCCCCCAGGCAGUGAGAGCAGCCCCGGGCUGUCCCGACACUCCACCAGCAGCUCUGGAAUUGAAGCUGACGCCCGUCAACACAGCAUCUCCACAGAGAUGGCCUCCAUGGAGGAGGAAGGUCAACGGCAAGCUGAGAAGUGUUUCCGCUCAGCAGCCAGCCGUGGCAGCUCCUGUACCUCUGGGUUUGAUGCAGGCAGUAAGGCUCAAAUAGAAGACGAGGGGUGGCAAGAGGAAGAGGUCAAAACCAAUAUUGGAAGUCCACAGGAGGUUCUUGUGGAUGAUCCUGAUGAGAUGUUCCAGUUGGCUGAUCUUCUUCAAGGAGUGUCAGUGGAUUGUUCAGAUCUCUCCUCAGAGAGUCGCUCACCAGAAAACAAAGCAUGUCACCCAGACAGUGAUGAAGACUUCGGGAAAUUACGUAACAAGGAUAUGUUACAACAGUUGCUGAAAUCCAGGGCACAACUUUGCGUGGAUCGGCACAGCCACAGUCUAGAUGAUGUGCGUCUGUUCCCACCUCCGGCACCCCUGGGGACGACGCUGCCACCCGAUUCCUCCCACAGCUAUACCUUUGGCCUCCCAGAUGCCUCGACAGACACAAAGAGCCCUGUUGAUCACAGUUAUUACCCCCCUUUGCACUGCCAAGGCAAACCUUCCUUCUAUGGCCGCAGGUCUACCAACUGCCUCUCCCUGGACAUGUUAGGUGAUGAACAGUUCCUGGAAUUCAUACUUUGAAUACGUCACGAUGUCCACAAAUGCGCCUUCCUUCAUUCAUGUCUCAGUGUUUUCUACCGUCUGUGAUGAUGAUGAUGACAACGUGGGAUGUGCGUUUCAAAUUACAGAGACAUUGAAAAUGACGGGAACCCUAAUUCCUCUCAGAAAAAGCAUUGGAUUAGAGAACUGAGAUCUAAUCCAGCAACAUUUCAAUCCGUAAACAGAGCAUAUUUAUUAAUGUUGUAUACUGUGUACAUACUACUUGCACUAUUUUAUUACAUAUCAACUUCUCUGAGCAAAAACAUUUCUAAUCAAUUUUAUUGUCUUUUAUAAAGUUCUGUUAAAAUGUUUCUGAAAUGUCUAAAUAUGUUAAUGUAGGGUGCAUAAUGUUUGACAGUUAACAGAUAUUUUUUUCUAGGCCAUGCAGUCAUGUGCUGUAAUGGACAUUCAUAAGAUGGGACAUACUUUCCUUGCCAUUAGCCUAUUUGCUAAUGUAAACACUUUUUGUUAGUGUUUUAUUGAGGAGAAUAUCCACUGUAAUAAUGUUUGUGCUCCUGUAUUCCUUUAUCCUGUUUUUUUUAAAUCAUAUUUUAUAAUAUACUCUAUUUUUGUAUAGUGUGCUCUGUCAUGUUUUUCCUAUUAGUCUGCCACAGCAAUGUAGCUGCUGAUGUGGAAAAUUGAACCUCUUUACAGCUGGUAAUGCAUUCAUCCAAAGCUUCCCUAUUCUAUACUCCCCACUCCCCCACCGUCGUAAUUACAACAGAAAAGUAUUCUUUGUAAAGCACUAUUUCUGUAACAACUACGUGUAUAAUGAAUCUGCAGUAUUUUUGUAUUAUGUAACCCCCCAAACAAAGAGCCUUUGUAUAAUUUUUUCUCUCAGACAUUAUUUUCACUGUUUUGUAAAUGAUAAUUGGUGUGCAAAAGAACCGAUGUCAUUAGCCAACACAAACUCACUUGGAAAGAUUGUAAGUCAUUAAACAGAGAAUCUUUUUCUCAAUGCCAAUAAUGUAUGAACAAAUGUCAGUGUUAAUUCAUAAUACUGAAAAAUGUAUUUUUAUCUAAAGCAAUGUUUUUUUUAUUUUAUGAUAGUGAAAAUAAAUUUUCUUAUUGCCACUAAAUGAAA